AUGAGGCGCCUCCAGUUCUUGGCCACCGCCUCCUUCUUCCUCCUCGCAAUCGAUGCCUUCCCGCCGUCAAUGGCCGGGGCCCAGCAGCUGUCGCCGGACCACUACGCCGACGUCUGCCCCAACCUCGAGAGCAUUGUCCGCGCCGCCGUGCGGAUGUCCGUGGCGCACUCGCCGGUCGCCGCGCCCGCCACGCUCCGGCUCUUCUUCCAUGACUGCGCUGUCAGGGGCUGCGACGCGUCGAUCAUGCUCAUCAACCCCGAUGGCGACGACGAGUGGCGGAGCCUCGACGGCAUGACGCUGAAGCUUGAGGGGUUCAACACGGUGAUGAGCGCCAAGGCGGCCGUGGACAGCGACCCGCGGUGCCGGAACAUGGUGUCGUGCGCCGACAUCCUGGCACUCGCCGCCAGGGACUCCGUGUUCCUGAGCGGAGGGCCGGACUACCUGGUGGAGCUGGGCCGGUACGACGGCCGGGUGUCGACUCAAGGCAGCGUCCUGAUCCCUCAUGGCAACUUCAACCUCGACCAGCUCAACGCCUUCUUCUCCGGCCUCGGCCUCUCCCAAGCCGACAUGAUCGCGCUCUCAGGGGCUCACACGAUCGGCGCGGCGUCGUGCGGCGUCUUCGGGUACCGGCUGGGCACGGACGCGGCCAUGGACCCGGCGUUCGCGGAGCAGCUCCGGGGCAGCUGCCCGGGCGCCGGCGGUUUCGCGUUCCUUGACGCCGCGACGCCGCUGCGGUUCGACAACGAGUACUACCGGAACCUGCGCGGCGGGAGGGGGCUCCUGGCGUCCGACCAGGCGCUGUACGCGGACCCGAGGUCGCGCGGCGCCGUCGACCGCUACGCCGCGGACCAGGGCGCCUUCUUCGGCGACUUCGCCGCGUCCAUGACCAGGCUCGGCAGGGUCGGGGUCAGGACGGCGGACGACGGCGAGAUACGCCGCGACUGCAGGUUCCCCAACUGA